GUGUUUUCCAUUGUCCACAUAACAUGCUGCUAACAGGAGACCUGCCUUGUUCCUUAUAGUAAAUACGAAAUACAGAUGGACCGCAGUUUGAAGCGCAGGCAGGUAAAGCCCCUUGCUGCCUCUCUCUUAGAUGCCUUGGAUUAUGACAGCUCAGAUGACAGUGACUUUGAAGUGGGAGAUGCCUCAGGUUCAGAUGGCACAGGCAAUGGCAGUGAUGAGGAAGGGUCUAAAGCGAGCGCUGCAGGUUCAGAAAGUGACUCAGACAACGCUGGUUCUGCAGACGAUGGCAUAGAUGAAGAGGAGGCCAAAGACCUGGCUGCUGAGGACAACUUAACGGAAGAUGAUGAGAAGACCAAACAGCAGCCUUCCUCGGACAGCUCCACCAAAGACACCCCCGCCGUCUCCCCACCCAAAGGCAGACGCAAGAGCAAGAAGACAUCAGAGCCUGAGCCUGAGCCCGCUGCAGCAGCUGGCACUGAAUCUGCCUCAAUGCCAGGGCCUGGCAGUGUGAACACUGAGGAGUCUCAGGCCGAGCCCAAGAAAUGGAAUUUCCGCAGGAACCGCCCCCUGCUAGACUUUACCACUAUGGAGGAGCUGAACGAGAUGGACGACUACGACAGCGAGGAUGAUAAUGACUGGAGACCCACAGCAGGGAAGAAGAAAGGCAAAGCAGCUGCUCAAAAAGGAGGGACAGAGGAAGAGGAGGGUGGCAGCGCUAGUGACGAUGAUGACGACGACGACGACGAUAACGAUGACGACGACGACGACGAUGACGAUGAUGAUGAUGAUGACGAUGACAAGGAGGAUGGUGAUGACAACAACAACAACAGUAGCAGUGACAGUGAAAAAGAAGCAAAAAAGCCGAAGAAGAAAGCUAAGGGCACCAACACUUUUGAUGAAGAGCUGACUAAUGACAGCAUGUCCCAGGGAAAGGGCAACGAGGAUGCCCUGCUGGACCGGUCCCAGGCCUGGAGCACUCAGCACAUCCUCAUCUGCUGCGUCUGUCUGGGAGACAACAGCGAGGACGCAGAUGAGAUCAUCCAGUGUGACAAUUGUGGCGUGACUGUGCACGAAGGAUGUUAUGGCGUGGACGGCGAGAGCGACUCGAUCAUGAGCUCUGCCUCAGAGAACUCGACAGAGCCGUGGUUCUGUGACGCCUGUAAAAAUGGAGUGGCUCCCAGCUGCGAGCUGUGCCCCAACCAGGAUGGGAUCUUCAAAGAGACGGACGCCGGGAGAUGGGUGCAUGUGGUUUGUGCACUUUACGUUCCCGGAGUAGCAUUUGGAGACAUCGAUAAACUACGACCAGUGACGCUCACAGAGAUGAAUUAUUCAAAAUACGGGGCCAAGGAGUGCAGUUUCUGUGAGGACGCCCGCUUUGCCAGGACCGGUGUGUGCAUCAGCUGUGAUGCAGGAAUGUGUCGCUCCUAUUUCCAUGUCACCUGUGCACAGAGGGAGGGACUCCUUUCUGAGGCUGCAGCAGAGGAGGAUAUUGCUGAUCCAUUUUUUGCAUACUGCAAACAGCACGCAGACCGCUUUGACAGGAAGUGGAAAAGAAAGAAUUAUCUGGCCUUGCAGUCUUACUGUAAGGUCUCUCUGCAGGAGAGAGAGAAACAGCUUACCCCUGAGGCUCAGGCCCGAAUUACGACUCGCCUACAGCAGUACCGCGCAAAAGCAGAGUUGUCCAGGAACACCCGACCUCAGGCGUGGGUGCCCCGGGAGAAGCUGCCACGGCCUCUUACCUCUAGUGCCUCAGCCAUCAGGAAGCUGAUGAGGAAGGCGGAGCUGAUGGGCAUCAGCACUGACAUUUUCCCCGUGGACACGUCUGAUGCCAACGCUAGCUUGGACGGACGCAGGAAACACAAACAGCCCGCCCUUACUGCAGACUUUGUCAACUACUACCUGGAGCGGAACAUGCGAAUGAUCCAGAUCCAGGACAACAUCUCCGAACAGAAGAACUUAAAAGACAAGCUGGAGAACGAGCAAGAAAAACUGCAUGUGGAGUACAACAAGCUCUGUGAGUCCUUGGAGGAGCUGUUGAAUGUGAAUGGAGAGCUGCGGAGCGAGGGCCAGGCCAUGUGGACUCUGCUGGGGGGCAUCCUGGGCCAGAAAUUAAACACUCCAGCUGUUCUGAAAGCCCCAAAAGAGAGGAAACCCAGCAAGAAGGAGGGAGGAACCCCAGGAAAGUCAUCCAGCCUGCCAGCGAUCCUCUACAGCUGUGGCAUCUGUAAGAAGAACCAGGACCAGCAUCUGCUGGUGCUGUGUGAUACUUGCAAGCUCUACUACCACCUUGGCUGCCUGGAGCCACCACUGACACGCAUGCCCAAGAAGACCAAGAACAGCUACUGGCAAUGCUCUGAGUGUGACCAGGCCAGCAGUGAUGAGGCAGAUAUUGCCAUGGAGACGCUACCUGACGGCACCAAGAGGUCCAGGAGGCAGAUUAAAGGACCAAUCAAAUUCAUCCCACAAGAGAUGUCGCCAGAGCCCAAGAAACAUCAAGUGAGGGGCACGAGAACCAGAGGGCAAAAGAGGAAGAGGGUUCCCAUCUGUGAAGAAAGAGAAGAUAAAAUUGAGGAACCACUGCCUCGGGAACGCCGACAACGCCAGUCUGCAAUGCAGAAAAAACCCAAAGCUGACGACACGAGGACUGAGUGUACAACCUGCAAAGGACCAGGCGACAACGAAAACCUCGUGAGGUUGUGAGAGAGCCGGGGCAGCCACCUCACCUCCCAUAAAAACUCGGGACAGAUGACCGUUGGCUUAGAGACAGAGAGAGGCAAAUUGAAGUGUUUGAAGAAUGGCGCUCGAGUCAGGCUGAAGAACGAGACCUUCACACCAUCCCGCAACCACCCUCUGAUCCAAACUGGACCAACAACUGUCCAACGAAAAAUUGAGCAGAACUGUCUGAUUCUUAGACAUGGACCCUGAAUACUGAGGUGUUGUUGGAGUCAGAGUUUGUUUGGUCAAUGUCAAACACUUCACUGCUUUUUCACACCAUGAGUAACUUGGUUGAUUCUUUUUGUGACCAAUUGUGGCUGAGGUUGCAUCUAUGCAAUUGUCUGCAUCUACUAAGUUUUAAUCAAGUAUUCAUGUUUAUUAGGCAGCAUUACACAGGAAGAAUUAAACAAACAAGUCAAAAAUGACUGAAAUGUUUACCAUCAAACCUACUGAUGGACUCGACUGCCCCAAAUUUUAAUUUGUAAGACAUUUACUCAGAGUGUCUUUACAGAUCCCAUGACAUGGUAUCAUUACUUCCUUUAUGUGAUGUAGUUCAUUUAGAAAUAGAACAUAAGACAGUAAGUAUCAGCUAUGGAGCGUAAAUCAGUUUGUUUUUAUAGGACGGACAGAAAGGCAAGCUUCUUACUGUUUUGAUGAUAACAGAAUACCAACUGAUGAACCACUGAAGAUGGACUGUUUUCCACAUAGAAGCAGCUUUCUAAAAAACACCCAUUUCAUGAGAUCUUAAAGAUUGGGUUCAAAUCUGGCUGUUGAGUGCAAUAACUUCGUCCAAAGCCAACAUGCUUCUUGAGUGCUCACAUGGCAGCUGAGCUUCACUCUGUCAGAAAUGUGGAAGUGGAAGACUCUUGGCUUUAUGUUGAUCGUGUUGCUCACAGUGUAGAGGCACAGUAAAAACACUUUAAGUUUUAUAACAGACAGAAACCGGCUGCACUCAGUUGAUUUGUGCAUCCUCUGACUUAGGACGCUAUCCCAAACAAUUCCUCUCUAUGCCUCUUAAGUGCUCACCUGCAUCCAGCAUGUAGUUAUUUUGGAUCAACACUUUUUUUUGUUGUUACCAGGAUGGUGUUCUGCACUGUUGACCUCCCAAUACAACUUCUCAUCAGUAUCAAGCAGUUUUAUUUUAUGAAGUCAUCUGCCACCCAAUCACCCUGAGUUUUUCAAUGUGAAUUUGCUCAAUUUCAGACACACUUUCAGACACACAGACACACUUUCAGACACACUUGAAACUUGACUUCCCAGACUUGAAUGUUGUAUUGUGUUUUCUAAGUAAAUAGAGGACCAGAAGUAUUAAGAAAAGUCAGUGUUGUGUAUCGAAAAGCCAACUGUUCCUGGUGUAUCAAGCGUAGCAAUGAAUACAUGCUACUGUUAAGCAUCUGUAGUAGAAACAAACUAGUGUAGUUAGUGGUAAUAGCACUUAAAUAUUAGUCCAAGUGUCUUUAGGCAUUUAGAAGUUUUCCUCUGUCUCCAUAUCUUGAAGUGACAGUUAAACUGACACAUCCUCAGAAAGAAGCCCAGCUUUGUCUCCAUGUCCCUGGUGGCCCGUAGUCAAUGCUGUCAAAACAACAGCUGCUUGCUGCUCUGUCAGGGCUCAAGACAAGUGUCACAUUCUGCCCUCAUAUGUCACUCUGUUGCCUGUACGGAGCCCUAUAUGCAUGCUUUUGGGAGCAGUCAGACCCUUGCAGUUCACUGCUUUUUUUGCUUCUCUGGGGUGUGUCCAGAAACAACACCAAACUGGGUUUGUCUUUAGAGAUGAGAUCUUGGUGCAGAAUGACUUGCUGACUCCUGACCAGUCCUUUCCCAUCACUCAUGCUCCGUCUCAGUUUUAAAAUGCAUGUCUAUAUCUAUUUAGCCAGACCUGUACAGUAAUUUAAAACUGAAAAUACGUGAUGUGGUCUUGUAGAAUUUGAAUGCCAGGUAGCUAUGUAGUGUGACAAUGUGUACAGUAUUUAUUGAAGAGGCCAAACAUACUUUUUUGUGCCUGUAUACUUGAUUAUAUACCAUAAGCUUGUGUUGUGAACAGAGUUGAACUCUGAUUUUUGACUUAAAGCGACUUCCAUGUUUUUUUUAAUUGCCAAACAUUUGUUUACGUUCGUUUACAUCCAUGCAUUUAAGGGAAUAUUUCUGAUCAACUGUGUACUGUUUUACUGUGAUACUGUAUGAAGUAAGAAUGUGAAUGUUGCUGCUGUUGUGUAUGUGAAGUGUCUCAGCCUCUGGCCUAUAGCUCUUGAAAAUUAAGCGGAGCUUUAAUAAACUCUUGAC